AACAACAACCACCACAUUGAGAUUGUAUUUCGUGGCGAUCAUUUUCCUGAGCUUAAGAGACUGUGGAAGUAAAGAACUGCAGUGAGCAAAAAAUAUACAUUUUCAGAAGAAAAAAAAUCCAUUCUUUCUGUGAGUGAGUGAAGAAAUCAGUUUGCAGUUUGUUUGAGAGUUGGUGUUACUAAUGGAGAGAAACACACCAGUAAGAAAAACACACACCAAUACAUCAGAUCUGCUUGUAUGGCCUGAAAAUUCAUCUCAAAAUUCUUCACUUUCUGCUGAAAAUUCUUCUGCUUCACGUUCUCAUCAGCCUUCUGAUCGGAUUGGUAAAGUAAUUUUCGGAGGUCAAGUUACCGAAGAAGAAGCUGAAAGUUUGAUGAAAAGGAAGCCAUGUUCAGGAUAUAAAAUGAAGGAGAUGACAGGAAGUGGGAUCUUUGUUGGUGAUGGUGAAAAUGGUGCAUCAGAAGCUGGUAGUGCUAAACGUGUUUAUCAGCAAGCGGUUACUGGAAUAAGCCAAAUUUCAUUUAGUGCUGAUGGAAGUGUUUCUCCCAAGAAGCCAGUCUCUAUUCCUGAAGUGGCGAAGCAACGAGAACUAAGUGGGAAUCUGGAAACUGAAGCAGACAAGAUGAAGAAGCAAUUAUCCGAUGCAAAGUGCAAAGAGCUUAGUGGGAAUGACAUCUUUGGUCCUGCUCCCGAGAUUGUGGCUCGACCAGUUCCCGCAGCUCGUACCUAUGAAAGCAAAGACAUGGGAGAACCUGCACCGAGAAAUGUACGCACAUCUGUAAAAGUCUCCAAUCCUGCUGGGGGACAAAGUAACAUCUUGUUUAGCGAGGACACUCCAGUAAAAACCGCAAAGAAGAUACAUAACCAGAAAUUUCAAGAGCUGACUGGAAAUGACAUAUUCAAGGGAGAUGUUCCUCCAGGAUCAACUGAGAAACCUCUUAGCUCAGCAAAACUGAGAGAAAUGAGCGGCAGCAAUAUUUUUGCAGAUGAAUAGUAACUCUUCAAAGUUCCUGCUUUAGCUUGGUUCAUUUGACUUGUUACUAUGGGCUCGAUUGGCUACUCUCUCACAAGUGACCCUGAGUAUGGCGUGGAUUAAGAAGAACCCGCGAUAUUGACCAGAUACAACAGUACAUUUUUUGACAUUGAAAAUGUCAAACUCAGGCCUCUUGUUACUUCUCUAAAACCAUUGGCUGUAUCUCCUGAUAAACCAACCAAUACUGGCAGGUGCGUGAUUGACUAGCCUUUGUAAAUUAAACCAUUGCAAUGUUUUGGCUAAAUCACUCAAUAAUCACAUUAAUAGGGAA